AUGCGCUCUUUCACCGGCAUACUACUGCUGUUGGCGGCUAGCCUUGUGCGGCCUGCAAAAGCUCAAAUCACCCUCGAUACAUCCAGCGAAGACUCUAUAAUAUCAGCAUGUGCAACUAUAGCUUCUGGUCUCAUGAACUACUACCACGGCAAUGAGUCCGGAUACACUCCCGGAAUCUUUUCUGGCGACUACUACUGGUGGGAGAGUGGUGCUGCUUGGGGUAGUCUCAUCGACUAUCAGUUUUACACCGGAGACGACCAGUACAACGAUCUGAUCUUGAAUGGAAUGAUUUUUCAAGUAGGAGACAACUGGGAUUACGCGCCUGCUAACCAAACCUCGUCUCUUGGCAACGACGAUCAAGGAUUUUGGGGACUUGCCGCUAUGCAAGCCGCCGAGCGCAACUUUACCAAUCCCGCAGACGACAAACCCCAGUGGCUUGCUCUUGCCCAGGCUGUGUUUAACUCUAUUGCCCUCGUCUGGGGAACAGACGUAUGCGACGGUGGAGUUAGAUGGCAAAAGUUUGUGUUCAACAACGGAUACGACUACAAAAACUCAAUCUCGAACGGUAUUCUACUCCAGCUUGGAGGCAGACUUGCACGAUAUACUGGAAAUGAUACAUAUGCCGACUGGGCUGAAAAGGUCUGGCAAUGGGAAGAGGACACCGGCUUGAUCACAUCCGAUUAUUUCGUAUACGAUGGUGCUAGCACCGAUGAUGACUGCGCGACCAUCGACUCGAUCCAAUGGACAUAUAAUAUGGGCGUCUUUAUGGCCGGGUGCGCUUAUAUGUAUAAUUACACCUACGAGAACGGAAACUCGACUGCUGCCGAUACCUGGAAGACUCGACUAGACGGCUUGAUUGGUACACUUCAUGUCUUCAUCUCAGACAGUACUGAUAUUGUUUAUGAGCCCGCGUGCGAGGUUUCUGCCGCCUGCGACGUUGAUCAGCAAUCAUUCAAAGCCUACCUUGCCAGAUUCAUGGGUCUCACUAUCCAAGUUGCACCAUACACCUACGACACUCUGUUCCCCGUUAUCCAGGCUUCUGCGGCCGCUGCUAUUGCUACUUGCAGCGGCGGUACCGAUGGUGUUACCUGCGGCUACACCUGGCUUACUGGUGCUUACGAUGGUAGCUACGGUCUUGGAGAACAGAUGGCCGCGCUUGAGAUGACUCAGCAACUUAUGAUUGCAUAUGGUGCAGACGUUCCUUACACAAAUUCCACUGGCGGUUCAUCUACUGGAGAUGCUUCCGGUGGUACAAAGGGCACUUCUGCUGAUUACACGGGAGAUAUGACAACGAAAGACAAAGCAGGAGCUUGGGCUAUCACUGUGGUCAUCUGUCUCGUCGUCGUCCUCGCAACCGUCUGGUGCGGCAUGGAAGGCACUAUGGAGGGAACUAAGAAUUUGAAGGAAUGGAUAAGAUUGGAUGAUCUCUAA